AUGCCUGCAACCUCAAACAUGAAAAAGGAAGGACAACACCAGAUGGGAGGAGAAAAAACACAUGCUACUACAAAGACAACACCAGGGAAGAAGAGUAAGGAAACAUCCUCAAACUCCAAGAGUAGUAGACAAGCAAGUGACAAAAAACUCCUGGAGGAUGCUAAAUCAGAUCACCAGCCCAAAAUGAAGGAUCCAUCGCCAGAAAAGGGACUUAAGGAAACUGCCAAGAGAAUGGAGAUUGCCCCUAAAAGUGGGAGUGGAAUUCCCAGGAAGAUUUUCUAUAGCAGCAACCUGGAGAAUGAUGCAAAAGCACCUGAAAAUGUACAACCUUUCACUGCAGCAGAACAAAACAGCUCUGUUGAAGAGAAGGGAACGACUAUGGCCGUGGAAAAUUGA